CACGGGAUGACCAGAGACUGCGGACAUAGUACAGGAGAUGGCCAGAGACUGCGAACAGAGUACAGGAGAUGGCCAGAGACUGCGGACACAGUACAGGAGAUGGCCAGAGACUGCGGACACAGUACAGGAGAUGGCCAGAGACUGCGGACACAGUACAGGAGAUGGCCAGAGACUGCGGACACAGUACAGGAGAUGGCCAGAGACUGCGGACACAGUACAGGAGAUGGCCAGAGACUGCGGACACAGUACAGGAGAUGGCCAGAGACUGCGGACACAGUACAGGAGAUGGCCAGAGACUGCGGACACAGCACAGGGGAUGACCAGAGACUGCGGACACAGCACAGGGAUGACCAGAGACUGCGGACACAGUACAAGGAUGACCGGAGACUGCGGACACAGUUCAGGGGAUGACCGGAGACUGCGGACACAGUUCAGGGGAUGACCGGAGACUGCGGACACAGUUCAGGGGAUGACCGGAGACUGCGGACACAGUUCAGGGGAUGACCGGAGACUGCGGACACAGCGCAGGGGAUGACCGGAGACUGCGGACACAGCGCAGGAGGAGACCAGGGAGCUAGAGAGUAGGAUGUCUUGUGAGGAGCAAAGAGUAC